AUAAUUGCUUUGAAAUAAAGAUAUAAGAUGGUCCGACGGUCCACAGCAAGGUGAAGUACAUGAUAGUUUGGCUUGAUUACUAGAGUCACCCUCAAGAAGGCAUUCAUUACCAGACUGCCGUCCUUCCAUCUUGGUUGCCUCCAGUGUCCUGUCCCACGUUCUGUGUGAGUGUCAAGAGAGACCAAUGCACAUCAAGAUGAGGACCCCUUCUGUGCUCCCUCUGGCCAUGAGCCUCCUCCUCCUCCUCGUCCUCCUCCUCACACCCACAGCAGCCCAGUCCAGCAACACCUCUGUCCCCAUCAUCGACCUGGGCUACGCAAAAUAUGUCGGAUACACCAACACAACCGCAGGAAUCAACUACUACCGCGGCCUGUACUAUGCCCAGCCGCCCACAGGCGCAAACAGAUGGCAGAAACCCCUCCCGAUCGAGUCCUCGUCCAACUACACCGGCGAUGGCUAUGGGACGUUCUGGUUCGGGCCUGUGGUGGAUGGAGAUUUCUUGCGUGAUCUGCCUGAUAUUGCUUUUAAGAAGGGCGAGUUUUACAAGGUGCCGCUGUUGGUGGAUCGGGAGGGUUAUGAGGGGUAUAUCUUUUCCAAUGCUAGCCAGACGAACCAGGUCGAAGAGACGACGGAUGCUGAAUAUCUCUUCCCCGGCGCUGGACCUGCGUUCUUCUCGAGACUCUACGAGUUGUACCCACGAUCAGACUAUAACUCAACCCUCUUCCAGCGCGCGAGCUGGUAUGGUGACUUUAUUAUUGUCUGCCCGACAUACCAGAUGGCAACCUCGGCCGUAGACGAAAACUACAAUUCCUCCGCCGUCUUCAAGUUAGUCUUCGAUGCCGGGUCCCAAGUCCACGGCUCCACGGCCCCGUUCCUGGCCAACGAGUACAUCAACUGGCCCACGGCAAACAACCAGACCCUCGCGGCCAUCAUGACGAGCUACUGGAUCUCGUUCGCCUCCACCCUCGACCCGAACCCGCUGCGGACGGCCGACGCGCCGUACUGGCCCAGCUACAUGAGCGGCGGCGCAGGCACCACGGCCAACGGGGAGAGUGUGGGCUUUGAGGUGCUGGACAUUACCUAUGGUGGCAUCAGCUCGACGGGCGAUCCGGAUGCGAGGGUGCAGUGUGAAUUUUUCUUGAACAAAGGGUAUACACUGAGGAAUUAAUUGAUCUGAUGACUAUAUCCUUCUCUAAAUGUGUAUUUACUGGAUAUAAGAGCUGCAAUGGUCCUAAGGAGAGCCAUGUUCAAUGAUGUUGGCCUCAAAAAUUACUUCAAGGAGGUUUCAAUUCAUUACUUUAAUUAUUC